CUAACGAGUUUUGAAAUGUUUGCAACAAAACAGCAUUUGGACAAUGAAAUCAACAGAAUCAAGAAAGAGAAUGACAGGAUGCAGACUGAACUCAGGCAUCUGAGUGGAGAGGACAUCACAACUUUGAACUACAAAGAGCUUAUGGUUUUAGAGGAAGCUCUUGAAAAUGGGAUUUCAAGUCUCAAAGCCAAACAGAUGGAGUUUGUUCCGAUGAUGAGGAAACAUAAUGAAAUGCUGGAGGACGAGAACCAGGGGCUCCAGUUCAAGCUGCGGCAAAUGCAUUUGGAUCCGAUGGAUGAUCAUCAACAGGGAGUUGGAGACUUCGAAUACCAAAUGCCUUUCGCCUUCCGCGUGCAGCCAAUGCAGCCUAAUUUACAGGAUCGUUUCUAGUCGUGCUGUCUGCUGCUCCACAAAUUAUAAACCUUUGUGGCUUAAUUUGGUUUCUUCCAAGAAAACCUUAGUUAAUGUUUGUAAGCUUAAUUAGGUUGUCUGAAACUGUUUCACUUAUGUUUGCCUUUGUCCUAAGGUUUUUAGCCUGUCUUAUGAAAUGGUAUGUUAACAUUUUACA